UGUGCUGUGGACCUAAAUUGCUUGGUUUUUUUUGGUAUUGGCGUGCUAAGGUCUACCCUGUUGACUCUAAAAGGCUCAAAUAAACCAAAGGCCUUGGCCAUCUUGCCUUCUAAACCAAGAGGGAAAAAAAGUUUUAGAAUCUCUAGCAAAACCAAAAAACAAAACUCCAAAUAAAACAAAACAAAAAAAAAACAUAAUAGGCAUUGGAAUAAUGGCAGGAAGUGCAAGUAAGGUUACCUUUAUCUUCUUGGUUGCUUUUGCCAUUUCUAUUCCAUGCCUUGAGGCGGGCAUUGCUGAGUUUGACGAUUUUCUGAAAGCACAAGCUGAUGAGGCCCAUGAGAUCGCUCUUCGCUCCUACGAACCUGACCCUAUAAACGUUACAGCCGAGUUCAAUAUCCAUGUUCAUAGGGCAUUAAUGGAGGAAUCAAACGACACAAGGAGGGAACUAAAGCAGAAAUACCGUGGACCAUGCUUGGCCACGAACCCAAUCGAUCGUUGUUGGAGGUGUAGGAAAGAUUGGGCACAAGACCGUUAUAGGUUAGCCAGUUGUGGCAAGGGUUUCGGAAGAAGGGCCGUGGGAGGACUCCACGGCAAAAUCUACGUCGUCACCGAUUCCUCCGAUGACGAACCCAUUAACCCUAGACCCGGGACUCUCAGGUACGGUGUUCUCCAAAGGGAACCACUGUGGAUCAUAUUUGCACAGAGCAUGGUGAUCACAUUGAAGUUCGAGCUGUUGAUUUCUUCGGACAAGACCAUCGACGGCCGCGGCGCCAACGUGGUGAUCAAGGGUGGUGCUGGCCUUGCCAUGCAGUUUGUGAACAACAUUAUUAUUCACGGGAUUCGCAUCAACAAGAUCAAGUCCAUGGAAGGUACCAUGCUUAGGGACCUGUGGAACCACGUUGGAAUAAGAACAAGGUGUGAUGGGGAUGCUGUGUCCAUUUUUGGUUCUUCCAACAUUUGGCUCGAUCAUCUUUCGCUGUCUGAAUGCGAGGAUGGUCUCAUUGAUAUUGUCCAGGGCUCCACUGGAAUCACCAUCUCAAAUUGUCACAUGACCAAACAUAACGAUGUAAUGCUGUUUGGAGCUAGCGACACCUACGCCGGUGACAAGAUAAUGCAGGUUACAGUGGCAUUCAACCACUUUGGUCAGGGGCUGAUCCAGAGAAUGCCAAGGUGCAGAUGGGGUUUCGUCCAUGUGAUAAACAAUGACUACACUCACUGGCUGAUGUACGCAAUCGGUGGCAGCUCAGAGCCAACGAUUCUGAGCCAGGGAAACCGGUUCAUUGCGCCCAACAACAACGCUGCCAAGGAAAUCACACACAGGGACUAUGCUCCACCUGAAGAAUGGAGCAAAUGGCAGUGGAAAUCAGAGAACGACCUCUUCAUGAAUGGGGCUACUUUUCUUCAGUCAGGAGCACCUCUUGGGAAGCUUCCAUUCAACAAAGGGCUCAUGAUGAAACCUAGACCUGGGGCCGAAGCCAACAGGCUCACACGCUUUGCUGGUGCCCUAAAUUGCAAGGUGGGUAAGCCUUGCUAGAUUAAUUAAGUUCAUGAGACUUUUUUAUUUGUCAUGCUUUAAAAAAAAAGAAGCAAACGACAACAAAACAAUAAUAUGUAUAAAUAGGAAAUCCUCUAGGGUCCAUUGCUAAGCAGAACUAAUCAUGCUUUAGAUUUAGAGUUUAGAGGAUGUCUUUGACAAUGUUAUAUGGUAUUUAAUUUUUUGUACUUUAGAGGGAAAAAUGUAGGGGUGAUAUUAUGGUCUAGGGGGAGAGAGCGAGAAAAGAGUGGUUCUUGCUUCUUAGGGUUAAGGUGACAAAAAGAUCGCUCCUAAUCAUUUGGAGAGCAUUUUUCUUUCUGUUUGUUUUUCAUUUAA